AUGAGGAGCGGCCGCCUCUCGGCGCUGAGCUGCUUGCUGGUGCACUUGUUUGUCCUCUGCCUCCAAGCCCAGGUAACUGUUCAGUCCCCACCUAAUUUUACACAGCAUGUGAGGGAGCAGAGCCUGGUGACAGAUCAGCUCAGUCGGCGGCUCAUCCGCAUCUACCAGCUGUACAGCCGGACCAGUGGGAAGCAUGUGCAAGUCCAGGCCAACAAGAAAAUCAAUGCCAUGGCGGAGGACGGGGACCCGUAUGCCAAGCUCAUCGUGGAGACGGACACCUUUGGGAGCCGGGUCCGCGUCCGAGGGGCCGAAACGGGGCUAUACAUCUGCAUGAACAAGAAAGGGAAGCUGAUCGCUAAGAGCAACGGCAAGGGCAAGGACUGCGUCUUCACUGAGAUCGUGCUAGAGAACAACUACACGGCACUGCAGAAUGCCAAGUACGAGGGCUGGUACAUGGCAUUCACCCGCAAGGGCCGCCCCCGCAAGGGUUCCAAGACGCGGCAGCACCAGCGCGAGGUCCACUUCAUGAAGAGGCUGCCAAAGGGCUUCCAGACCUCGGAGCAGAGCCACCGCUUCGAGUUCCUCAGCUACCCCUUCACCCGCCGCAGUAAAAGGACUUGGGACUCAAAACCCCGAUAG